UUCCGUCGCUAUCACUACGGACCGAGGGGCACCGGGCACGGACUUGGCCGGGUAGACUCCACGCUCAAUGAGGCCCUUAUAUAUACUCAGCACUCAGCAGUACAUCCGCAGGCCGAGAUUCUUCCCCUCGAAAGCCACCCGAAGCUGUCCUCCAUCGAUAUGACAAGUGCCACAACUCCAACACCUUCAGGUCCUCUCGCCUCCAAGUCGUCCAAGCUCAUUAUCGUGGGCGGUGGAGGCACUAUGGGGUCCUCAACGGCACUUCAUCUUGCUCGACGAGGCUACACGGAUAUUACGAUCAUGGACGUGUAUCCCAUACCUUCCAGCAAUUCGGCUGGUAAUGAUCUCAACAAGAUAGCCAGCGCGGAUGAUGUAGACGGCUUCGCUGGUUGUACAGCCUUGUGCUGGGAUGCCUGGAUGACGGACCCUCUCUUCGAGCCCUUUGCACAUGAAGUCGGCAAGCUCAGUCUUACUGUCGAAGGGGAGGAUGAGGAGCUUGAAUACCUGAAGAACAAGUACAAACGGAUGAGCGACCUUGGUCGUGAAGACAUCAAAUGGUUGGAUAACGUAGACGAGAUUCUAAAGGCUGCACCUCAUCUCGCCAAAGCCGACAUCGCUGGAUGGAAAGGCAUUCACUGUACAAGAGGCGGUUGGGUGGCAGCCCGAGAUGCUCUCGAUGCUGUGGGUCGCGAGCUUCAAAAGGUUGGCGUCAAAGCCAUCUUUGGAUCCUCUGGCACUUUUGAUUCCCUUGUCCUGGGUGACGACGACGAGACAGUCAAGGGCGUAAGGGCCAAAGACGGCUCUGUAGUUGAAGCCGAUCUGGUGGUCGUUGCGACUGGAGCGUGGACGCCUGCGCUUAUCGAUCUCGAAGGUCAAUGUGUCAGCAAGUGCUGGUGCUUCGCUCAUAUCCAGCUGACGCCCGAGGAGGCUGCCGAGUUGAAAGACAUCCCAACAGUGUAUAACAGCGUGUACGGGUUCUUCUUUGAACCUCGCCCCGACAAUCACCUUCUCAAACUCGUGAACGAGUUCCCUGGGUACACCAACUUCCAGUCAUGCCAGCCAUUUGGAUCCUCUACCGUGCAGCGCAUCUCUGUACCCAGGUCUCAUGCGGAUCAUCCGGAUGACACCAUGCCUCAGCCCUGCCUUGAAGAGAUUGAACGCCUCGUUCAAAAGACUCUGCCUCACCUAGUGGGACGUGAACUCAUCAACAAGGCUAUCUGCUGGUGUACCGACACUGCUGAUGGGGAGUGGCUGAUCUGCGAGCAUCCGAAAUGGAAAGGGGUGGUCGUAGCCUCUGGCGACAGUGGCCGGACCUUCAAGAUGCUGCCUGUCGUCGGUGGACAGAUCGCCGAUCUGAUUGAAGACAAGGUAAGUAUUAAUCUCAUCAUCAAUCGAUGAAGGAACGCUUACUGCUGCUGGUAGUUGUCUGAUGAGCGACGCCAUGCUUGGAGAUGGAGGCCUGGGGCUGGCGACCCCAAGGGCAAGGGAAGACCGGGUCCUCGAGCCUUGGAUCUUUCUGAAAUAGAGACUACCUGGCAACAUGAUUAAAUAUACAUGGCCGUUCUGCUCCGUGAUGGCAUCUAAAAGCACA